GCACCCAGCCAGUCUACCUAGGGGAUGGCAAAGGCGCAUGUCGCGGCGGCGGCUCUAUCCCCCGACGGCGGGUACACGUCGGACACGCACGACGAGGGCCGGCUGCAAGAAAAAGAAGGAGAUGGUAGACGAUUCGCCGCCACCGACCCAGGUCCCAAACCAGUGGGUCGUCACAACUCCCUGAGCGACCGCGUCAGCGAGUGGGUUAGUACCAUUGACAGCGAAAGCCUCUUCAUCGCCGAGGAGGAGGACGUCGCUGUCGACGACCAGAGCAAGGACCUCACGGACUACGUACGUAGCCCGCCCGCGUCCCAUCGUGGCCGGGGAGGAGUCAGCUCUCCAGGCUUGAACAUUCUCGUCAGUGUAACCUGAUCAUUUCCUAGCUUCUUCAUAAUUGGUUAGACCAUCAGAUACUACAUCGCCGAUUUUCCGGUAAACUACUACAGUAUCAUUUUCCAAUUUCAGGUAUGAAUAUUGUAUUAUUGCAUGAAACCAAUACUAUAGGUACUGUAUAAUCGGCAUCUAAAUUUCUCAAUGUGAAGCGAACUUACACCAAAUAUGAUUAAAUUUGACAAUUUGUACCAAAUAUGAUUAAAUUUGACAAUUUGUGCUUACCUCUUUGUUGGGGCUUGUAGGAUUAUUGUGAUAACUAAAUGUAGAAUUCUCUUGUGGGCGAGAAUAUGUGUUGUAAAAAAAUUCUGAAGUAUUUGUAGUGCCU